GUGGUUUGCUGCUUUGCCAACGAACCGCUACCAACCAAACAACUGCAACCACCACACAGCCACACACGGCGAAGAUGAGCGCUCAUCGUGGCAAGUCGCGGCUGGAGCAGAUACAGGUCCGGCUGAGGCAGCAGAUCACAAGCGCACAGCAAGGCCAGUUGUCUGCACUACAAGAGCGCAAGCGCGUCCUCGAGCAGGAGCGACAAAAAGUGAAUGAGCAACGCCGGGCCAUCGAGGCGUUGAGAAACAAGUCUGUGCGGUCGCGCGAACAAUCGUACACGCUUGCCGGUGGUUUGGACAGACAACGCUCGGCAUCAGAGAAGCUGCUGAAGCCCAACAUUCGAUACCGAAGCCGACGCGUGGCACCGCUGACGGAAGAGCGGCGCUCGGCGCCACUGAACGAGCGACCGCGCCCGCCCGUCGAGCCGGAGGCCCGCUCCUCAAGCGCAAGCAAAGUCCAUGAUCGCCAGGUUGCCAAGAAGAAGGUCAAGCACCCUCUUGCCAAGGGCAACAGUGCAACAACCAGCCAGCCUUCCAAGCCACGUGCAACCAAGCCCGACACGGCGAAGCCGCAGAGCGACACCAGCAGCCCGCCCGGCCCGCUUCGGGACAGCGCUGAGGACGCGUUUUCGCAGUUUGAGGCGCACGCUGAGCAGCAGCGCCGGCGUGCACAGGAAGAGGCCGAGGCAGAAGAGAGGGAGCAAGAGCACCAGCGUGCCAUCGAAGCAAAGCACCGCCGCAAGAAACUCGAGGCGCUGAAGAAGCGGCAGGAGGAACGGCAGCAGCGCAUGAAGGAGAGGGCAAAGGCCAAGGACGAGGAGCGACUGCGGAAGAAGCAGGAAGCAGAGGCGGCAGAGACCACCAGCCAGCACAGCAACGACAAUGUCCAGGCAGCAUCCCCUGAGCGGCCACUGCCGACAACUGGGGCGCAGAAACGCAGUCAGCACGCAACCCCACGCAAGACACCAGCACGCAAGCCCGCGCCAGCGGAACACACACAAGCUGAGGCGCCACGCGGCGAUGAUCGUACUGAUGUGGCCACACCAGCGCCCACACACUCCCACAACAGCGACACCAGCGAUAAGAGCAGCAGCAGCAGUAGUAGUUCACAGCGGGCGCCGCGGCCGCCACCAACACAGCAGCCGGCAGCGCGCGGGCGACGACAGGUGCGAUCGGGUGCAAGGGCAAAGGGCACCAGCGCUACCAGCAGCGCCAGUGGCCGUGGUGGUGGUGGUGGUGGUGGUGGCAGUGGCAGUGGUGGACGGCAGCAGGAAGCGGAGAGGGCGCGACCCAAAGCGCCGGCGGGCGAACCGAUCCGGCAGAUGGUGGAGGAGCUCAUGCCCGAUGGCAGCGUGCAGAUGAUUGAGCUUGUUCUCUACCCGUGCCCAAUCUGCGGCCGCAACUUCAAGCAGGAGAGACUUGACGCCCACAAGCGCGCAUGCGAGGCGAACAGCAAGAAAAAGAGAAAGAAGUUUGACAUGACAAAGCAGCGGCUGAAUGACCUGGGCCAGGACGCAAUCAGAAUGGCCAAAAACGCAAGCAAGACCGAAGUGAAAUACAAGAAGAAGGCAAAGAAGAGCAACUGGCGGGCGAAACACCAGCAGUUCAUUGCGGCGAUCCAGUCGGCCAAAGGCGCGGACGUGGACGUGCCUGUCGUGGAGGACCCAGACCUCGUCAAGUGCAAGUUCUGUGGGCGCACGUUCAACGAGGAUGCUGCGAAUCGCCACAUCCCCGUGUGCGAGCGCAACGCCAAGAAGAAGGCGAUGGCGCAGGGCGGAAACUCCAAAGGCAGCAAGGGGACGCGCCGCCGCAGAUAAACACACACACACACGCACACACACACACACACACACACACACAC